GCGCCGCCUCCCUCCCUCUUUAGUUUUGUUUUUCCUUCUUUCCGAGUCCGACUACACCUCCAAGCCGACUUUUCUCUCCACCCUGGAUGAGGAAGUCUGUCUGGGUCGACUCCCUUCUCCUCCCAGUCGCUGAUAUUCAAUCUACGGAGACUUUCCAAACUUUCCUUCUCCGCCGUCGCCCUUUCUUCCGUCGGAGCUCCGUGUGAUCAGGAUGUCCGUCCAGUCGAGCCAGAAGACUCUGACACGGACCUUCAAGACGGUGAACCUGGGCUCCUCCGAGCCGGUCACCACCGUCAGGUCGGUGUCUCCGCGCUCCGGGACGCCGGUGUCCACGCUGCCCUACGCCGUGAACGGCUCCUACGACACGGCGGUGCGGUACCUGGUGCCGAUGCAGCAGCAGCAGCAGAUACAGCAGCAGCAGGGGCACUACGUGCUGAUGCAGCAGCCCAUGAUGCAGCCCUCCGUCAUGCAGCACCACCUGGUGCAGCCCUCCAUGGUGCAGCACUCCGUCAUCCAGCAGCCCAUGAUCCAGCAGCCCAUGAUGCAGCAGAUGGUGUCCCCGGUUUACCUGCAGACUCUGCCCCGUGUGAGCGUCAGCAGCCAGGAGUCCGACCUGCGGUUCCAGCAGCAAGCCUCCAUGGAGAGCAUCAGCAGAAAGUCCUCGUCGUCAGUGUUCAGCUCAUCCAGUCCCAUCAAGAGCCCCGAGCCAAGCGCUGGGGAAGAGGAAGAAGUGGAGUUGGAGCUGGAGGUAGAGGAGGAGGAGGAAGUGGAGGAAGUGGAUGAUGGAGCGGUGGAGAUUGAAGAGGUGGAGACGGUCACGUACAUACAGAGUAGGCCGUCCCCAAUGCUUCAGAAAAUCACCCGGAUGAACAUGAGUACUGAUCUGAGGGAGGCGCCACAGCCGACCAAGCUGGACACUCGGUACUUCGGGGAGUUGCUGGCGGAGGUCUACAGGAAGAACAGCGACAUCUACUCCUGCAUCUCCGACCACGUGUCCAGGAUCCGCGGGCGGAAACACCAAAUGGAUCUCGGCGACUACAAGGUGGAAAAAGAGGAGGUGGAAAAGCUGAUUCCCAAAGGAGCUACUGAACUUACCAAACAACAAAUGCGCUACCUGCUUCAGACCCGUCUCACUGCAGAUAAGAGCAUGCGUCUGCUGCUGUCCACCUUCAGCAGCCUGAGAGAGGAGCUCAUCCAAAUGUCCGAGGACCUGCGGCGUCUGGAGAGCGAGAAGGAGUCCCUGGAGAGAGAUCUGAGUUACAAGGCGGACCAGGCUCGGCAGUACGACAGCCUCCUGGAGGCCGUCAGGGAGAACAACAGGCAGCUGCAGGUGUCUCUGAAAGAGGCCAGCGCCGCCCAGCGGUCCCUGGAGAGCCAGGUCAUGAGCAGCAAGAACUCCGAGUCCAACCGGGACUUCAAGAUGAAAGAGCUGGAGGGAAGGAUGAGGGCGCUGGAGAAGGAGAACGACAUGCUGCGACAGAAGCUGGCCGGACAAGGCAGCAGCACGCUGCAUAUUAAAACAGAGGAGCUGUCACGCCAGUACAACCAGCAGCUCAGCACCAUGCGAGAGGAGAAAGACCUGGAGAUACAGAGGCUGAGGUCCCAGAUAACCAAGAUCCAGACGGAGGUCAGCAGCUCCCAGUCGUCCACGGAGAAGAGCCUCAGUCUGAAGAUCACUGAGCUGAUGACCAUGUUGGAGACGCGGCAGACCACCAUCACCCGACAGGAGGAGGAGAUCAGAAAACUGAUGCAGGAAAGAAGCAGCGGCUCCGGCAACGUCACCAAGACCAUCAUCACCAAGAGGUACAGGAACCAGUACCCGAUCCUCGGCCUGCUCAGCGACGACUACCAGGUCACCUCGCCUGUCAAAGAAGCCAAGACCAUCGUCAUUGAAAGAACCGGAGAGAUGAUCAAACAGGAAAUCAUUACAACUCCUUAAAGACACACUGCUUCUCUCCGACAGGAAUGAUUGAUCGACGAGAAGACCCUGCUGUUACCCCCAGCCCCUGCAUGCUCCUCCCCCUCCCCUCACGGCUUCCAGGGUUGGUGGUGGUUAUAAUCCCUUUCCCCCUCCAGUGCCUCCAAUUUUGGAUCUUUGGUUUGACCAAACUGAGUUUCUUUGGGGGUGACAAUUCAGUUUGAGUUUCUUUUUUUUUCCUUUCUUUUUUUUUGCUAAAAAGGGAAAAGAUAACCUGGUAAUCAAAGACCAAAUCUGUUGAAUUUCCAUCAGCCAGUUGUGGAUUUUAGGUGGUAGGAACAAAGCGGCUGUGACAACUGGGAACUGGUUUUCUUCACGUUCAGAAGUCGAUGUAAUAAAUUAAUUUCUAAUUGGCUCCAAGUCAAUGUCCUCCCCAGAUCGCAUGGAUGAAAACUAGAGAUGCGUCAUUGGCUGGAGAUCAGUGCACUAAUGACCUUGUUAGACUGAACACAGUACUGGUGCGUACAAGAGGUGGCACAGACACAAGUUGAAAAACACUUCUGUAAUAGCCAGAAUAGUAGUUAAAGUGACCAUAAUUAUAUUUUGAGGCAGUUUAAAACCUUGUCUUGCAUACUUGGUCCGUUCAGAUGACACAACUGGUUAUUUUGUAAUCAGGAGGUGUUUCCCUGUUACAUGAUUGAUUGCCGAUGGAUGGCCUCACAACAGAUGAUCUGACAGCCUCUCAGCCUUCAAAAUCACGGUUUAUAAACAAAACGCAAAAUGGAACAUGACUACAUGCAAAACAUAGUUUGAUUAUUUGAAAAUUGGCCGAGGGAGGAAACGGACGUGUAAAUUGUAUGUGCUAUUAUUUGUUCAGAACACAAAUAAAAAAUGAA